ACUAACACCAGCACCAAACCUACUUUGUUUUCCAUUCUUCCUUGGCCUUGCACCUUAAGAAAAGAAAAGACAUAGCUUAAUCAUUCUAAAUUUGAUAGAUUUGUAGCUCAAGUGGUAGUGGGUGAUACCUAUAACCCUUUUGUUAAAACCUACCUUGUCAUUUCUUUUCUUUGAGGCUCUUCUUCCUUCAUUAUCAUCUUCAUUUGUUGUUGAAGAAGAAGAAAAAUUAACAUGAGUACAGCAAGAUUUAUCAAGUGUGUGACAGUCGGAGAUGGAGCUGUAGGGAAGACAUGUAUGCUUAUUUCCUACACUUGCAACACCUUUCCAACGGAUUAUGUUCCAACUGUGUUUGAUAACUUCAGUGCCAACGUGGUGGUGGAUGGCAGCACAGUAAAUCUCGGCCUCUGGGACACUGCAGGACAAGAAGAUUACAACAGGCUGAGGCCUCUGAGUUAUAGAGGAGCUGAUGUAUUCUUGUUGGCCUUCUCACUUGUCAGCAAGGCCAGUUAUGAAAACAUCCACAAGAAGUGGAUUCCUGAGCUUAGGCAUUACGCUCCCAACGUGCCCAUUGUGCUUGUAGGGACCAAACUAGAUUUACGCGAAGACAAGCAGUACUUGAGAGAUCAUCCUGGAUCAGCGCCAAUAACCACAGCUCAGGGAGAGGAAUUGCAGAAAUUGAUUGGUGCUGCCACCUACAUAGAGUGCAGUUCCAAAACUCAGCAGAAUGUGAAGGCUGUGUUUGAUGCCGCAAUAAAGGUUGCUUUGCGGCCGCCAAAGCCGAAGAAAAAGCCGUCCAAGCAGCAAACUUGUGCUUUCCUUUGAAGGCAUAUAUUAGUUUUAAUUACAAUCGAAUUGUCUUCCUUCAAAUUGUUUUACAAUCGGAUUGUAUAUCACAUUUUUUUUAAUUAAUUUUCUGAUAAACACUA